AUGGGUCAGAAUCAGUCAGGAGCAUCAGGUGGUCAGGGUGGGGAUAAGAAAGAUGAUAAGGAAAAAAAGAGGAAGUAUGAACCACCUGUGCCUACUAGAGUAGGGAAAAAGAAGAAGAAACUGAAGGGACCAGAUGCUGCCAAUAAACUGCCUCAAAUUACUCCACAUACAAGAUGUCGUCUGAGACUGUUAAAACUGGAGAGGAUAAAGGAUUAUCUUUUAAUGGAAGAAGAAUUCAUCAGAAAUCAGGAACGUUUGAAACCACAAGAGGAAAAACAAGAGGAAGAAAGAAGUAAAGUUGAUGAGUUAAGAGGGUCUCCAAUGUCUGUGGGAACCUUGGAAGAAAUCAUUGAUGACAGCCAUGCCAUAGUGUCAACUUCUGUGGGCAGUGAACAUUAUGUUAGCAUCUUGUCCUUUGUAGACAAAGAUCAACUUGAACCAGGAUGUUCAGUUUUGCUCAACCAUAAGGUCCACGCUGUGGUUGGUGUCCUUUCCGAUGACACUGAUCCUAUGGUUACCGUCAUGAAGUUGGAGAAGGCUCCGCAGGAAACAUAUGCAGACAUUGGAGGCUUAGAUUCUCAAAUCCUAGAAAUUAGAGAGUGUGUAGAAUUGCCCCUGACGCGUCCUGAGUUGUAUGAUGAAAUGGGAAUCAAACCACCCAAAGGAGUUAUUCUUUAUGGUGCCCCUGGUACUGGAAAGACUCUCCUAGCCAAAGCUGUAGCAAAUCAAACAUCAGCUACGUUUCUCAGGGUUGUGGGCUCAGAAUUGAUUCAGAAAUAUUUGGGUGAUGGUCCGAAGCUAGUGCGGGAAUUAUUUAGAGUAGCUGAAGAACAUGCUCCUUCGAUUGUCUUUAUUGAUGAAAUUGAUGCUGUAGGAACAAAACGGUAUGAAUCCAACUCUGGCGGUGAGAGAGAGAUUCAGAGAACUAUGCUGGAACUGCUCAACCAGUUAGAUGGUUUUGAUGCCAGGGGGGAUGUCAAAGUUAUUAUGGCUACCAAUCGUAUAGAGACAUUAGAUCCUGCUCUUAUUCGUCCUGGUCGUAUUGAUAGGAAAAUUGAAUUCCCACUUCCCGAUGAGAAAACCAAACGUCGCAUUUUCACCAUCCACACUAGCCGCAUGACUCUGGCUCCAGACGUAAACAUUGAUGACUAUGUAAUGGCCAAAGAUGAUUUGUCUGGUGCUGACAUUAAAGCCAUUUGCACAGAGGCAGGUUUACUGGCUCUGCGGGAAAGACGGAUGAAAGUGACCAAUGAAGAUUUUAAGAAGGCUAAGGAAAAUGUGCUCUAUAGGAAGAAUGAAGGUACUCCAGAGGGACUCUACCUUUAG